GCGCAUGCUUCAAAAAAAUGAAAACAUGGCGACUUUCCUAUCGAACAGGUCUCCUAAUCGAAGGAAAAAGAAGUGCUGUUUAUCGUAAUUAUAGCAGACAGGAUGCAGAUUUUAUACGACAGUAAUUCCCCUUAAUAUGCAUCUAUUUUGUUUAGCUCUUAAACUUUAUACAUUUCCAUGUAAACAUUGUGGGACUGACAGAGUGCUAAUACAGGUGUCAACAACAGUAUGUCAAUCUUGAACAGCUUCCGAAAAUUCUUCAAACUCGGAGGAGAAGAAUCGGCUCGAAGGAAAUCGGCGUACAAGAACAUUACUAGAGAUGUAGAUCCCACCAAUAAAUGGGAUAUUAUCGGAGAACUCGGAGACGGGGCUUUCGGGAAAGUUUACAAGGCCCAGAACAAGGAGAAUGGUAGCCUCGCAGCCCUGAAGCAGGUGGAGAUAAAGUCCGAGGAGGAUAUAGAAGACUUCUCCGUAGAAAUCGACAUCCUCACAGAAUGCCGUCACAAGAACGUAGUGGGGCUCUACGAAGCCUUUGUCUUCGAUGGGAAACUUUUGAUGUAUAUAGAGUUUUGUGGGGGAGGGGCCAUCGACAGCAUCAUGGUGGAGCUGGAGCGACCCCUGACAGAGAACCAGAUCCGAUACGUCUGUAACAACAUGUGUAGUGGGCUGGAGUACCUGCAUAACAACAAGGUCAUCCAUAGAGAUCUCAAGGCCGGAAAUGUACUGCUAACAUCCGAGGGGGACGUCAAGUUAGCUGAUUUUGGAGUUUCUGCAAAGAAUACAAGAACAAAUCAGAGACGAGAUUCAUUUAUUGGAACUCCAUAUUGGAUGGCCCCAGAGGUGAUAAUGUGUGAGACACUAAAAGACAGUCCCUACAACUUCAAGGCAGAUAUAUGGUCAUUGGGAAUCACUCUAAUUGAGUUUGCUCAGAUUGAGCCCCCGAACCAUGACAUGCAUCCUAUGAGAGUGUUAAUUAAAAUCCAGAAAUCAGACCCCCCAACACUUGCCAAGCCAUCCAAAUGGUCAAAAACCUUCCGAGAAUUUAUAGCAAAAUGUCUUGUUAAAAAUCCUGAUCAAAGACCAACAACAUCAGAACUAUUAGAGCAUCCAUUUAUAGCGGGCUGUAAUGAUAAGAAGGAUGUGAUGAACUUGAUCAUGGAGUCCAAGGCUGAAGUGGAAGAAAUCGUGGAAGAUCUUCCAGAGGACCAGGAAAUACUAGAAAUGAAGAGACAUAUGAGUGAUGUAUCUUCAAAGAUUUUGGACCUUGAGGAAAAUGAGUCAGAUAGCAAAGCAACCACCCCAGAAAAGGAAGAACCCAAAGUCACAGAGAAGACAAAGGUACCAGAGGAACCGGUUAAAACUGAACCCAAACCUUCCACUCCUGAACCGGUGCCUAAGAUAGAGCCAGAAAAACAGAAGACACCUUCACCUAAACGGGUGGUGGCUCCAGCACCGCCAGCAGCUGAGGUGGAGAAGAAGGAGGAAGAAAAGCCCGAGGCCAAGGCCGAGGAGGAGGUGAAGAAGGAAGAGAAGGAAGAGGUGGCUCCUCCUGCAGCAGAAGAGAAAAAGGAGAUUGAGAGUCCAGCUGUAGAAACAAAGGAACCCAGCCCAGAGAAAGACAAAGUUGACGUGGAGCCUAUGGUGGAUGUUGUGGUGGAGGAAAUAAUCAAUGAUGUCAUCAAGUCCACCAAACUUGCGCCCUCUGUACCAGGGGUGGUGUUAGACACCGUACAGGAGCUGAUAGAGCAGUCUGAUGAAGAAGAAGAAGAGGAGGAGUAUAACAUGUCAGACAUCGAGGGCGAACUCGUAGAAGAGGAAACCGAGGAAAAGAAAGAGGGGUCCGAGGAACCAGUUAAGGCUCCCUCAGAGGAACCAGCUAAAGAGGAGGAGGUCAAGACUGAGGAGAAAAAGGAAGUUGUCUCCGAGGAACCAGUCAAAGUUCCCACAGAGGGGCCUGAGAAAGAGGAAAGGGUACCAGGCAAUAUCGAGGAGGAAAAAGAAAAAGUGGCAGAGAUGGACAAGAAAAUUGAAGGAAGGGAAGAAACAAAAAGUGCUGAAAAGAGUUCCGAGGUGGAAAUUCAGGUGGUUAAUGUGACAAUUACUGAUGAGGACACUACUAGUGAAAAGAGUGAAAAGACAAGUGAAUCGGAGAAAAAAGACUCUGUGAUCACAAUUAACGGACAGGUACUGCCUGAUAAGGGAAUAACAAUAAAUGGCCAGCCUGUCCCGUCUUCAGGGACUACAGUGGUCAUCAAUGGGGAUGUGGUGGGGGUCAAGUCCUCCCCAUCUGUUGAUAACAGUAUAGACAAGAGUAUGUCUAAUAGCAGUGACAGUACAGAGAUUGUGCCUCAGACCGACUUAGACACUAUGGAAACAAAAGUGAUCAAGGAGCCAAAACGAAAAUCAAAGGAUCUCUCGCAAGUAACCAGUGUGGACGAAGACCAGCGGUCAGAUACGGAGAGUGUGACCACGGUGGAUAGCCUGGGAGAGGGGGAGAAGAAGGCGGACGGGCCCGUGGAGAGGCGAGCUAAACACAUCAGGGGCAGAAGUGAGAGCAAGAGCCAGUACAGGACGAUGACGAAGACCAGAAAGUACAUGAAGGACGGGGAGCUAGUGACCAGUACGACUCAGAGAGUGGUCCACGCCGGGGAGGAACACAAAAUGAGAGACGAGUAUCACAACAGGAAGAAUGAUUUGCGGGAACUUAAGGUGCUUCAGAAACAGGAGAACAAGCAAUACCAGGAUCUCAUGUACAAGUCCCAAUGUGCUCGCGAGGAUCAGGAACGGAAAUUCGAACUCGAUAUGCAGACUUUGGUGAAGAAUUAUGAUCAGGAUAUGGAAACCCUUAAUAAAACUCAGAAACAACAGGUAGAAAAGGCCGAACAGAACCAAGCAGCUGACAUGAAGAAUGCAGCCAAGCGCCUUAAAAUGGACCAGGAAAAAGAAUACAAAUUGUUCAAAGAGCAACAGAAACAAGAACUAAAACUUUUGAGACAAGAACUAGAUCUCAUGCCAAAAGACAAUAGGAAGGAUGCCAUGAAGAAACGCAAGGACCAAAAAGAAAUAGAGCUUCAAGAAAAGGAGCGUGUGUUUUUGGAGAACCAAGCAGAGAGACAGGAGAAGCACAUGAAACAGUUAGCAGAGGUACACAGACAGAAGGUAGCUCUACUGGAGAGUCAGUUCCUACAGCAGAAGCAGCAACUACUGAGGGGUAGGGAAGCUGCAAUAUGGGAGUUAGAAAAACAACAGUUACAUGAGAAACACCAGCUGUCUAAGAGUCAGCUUAAAGACCUCUUCUUCCUAAAACGACAUCAGAUGUUGACCCGGCACCAAAAGGAAGUUGAACAAAUGAAGAGAAGCAACUCUGUCAAAGAAGACGAGAUGCAGAAGAGGCAUGCCUUAGAAAAGCGACGGCUCCCCAAAAUACAGAGGAGCGAGGCCAAAACUCGGGCUCAGAUGUUCAAACAGAGUCUCAGGCUGAGCACUGUGGGCUCGCCCGAGGACGAUCGCGCCAAAAUAAAACAGUUUGAGGAAAAUGAGAAGAAGAGGAUGAAGGCUGAACAGCAGCGACAAGAGCAGAAACACAAGAAACAGUGGGAGGAGCUUGUCUUCCGCAACGAGACCAGUCUACGAGAGCUCGAGCAGUUACAGGCAGAGAAGAGGAAGAUGCUAAUGGAGCAGGAAACACAGAAGAUAAAAGAACUAGAUGAUCAGUAUGCCAACGAACUACGGGAAUGGAAGCAACAAUUGGUGCCAAGGAAACAGAAACUUGAAGAGGAAUUUCAAAGACAAAAAGAUGAACAAGAAAAGUUUUACGGAACUGUGAUAAUUACGGGAAACGAAGGAAUGCCCGCCCCGAGGCCGGAAUCCGGCAGCAUGAGGAACAAGGAAUCGGUCAAAUCUCGACACUCGACAGUGAUUUAACGACCACUUUAUUUCCUUCCAGCAUGGUGCCACUAUUUGUGAUGACCUUUGACCUUGUCUGCGUAUGAAGUCCUUUCCAUGUUUUUUUGCGUUUUCUCAUUCUCUGUUACAUCUGGAGUCAAAAGACUGUGUUCAGUUCUCGUCACAACAGUUGCGCCUCGUUUUCUGAACAAGAGAUAUUGAAAAAUGUUUGAAAAUGAAUUUUCAUCAGAUUUUUUUUUCGUUUCAUCUUUAUAUGAAUGUAUCAGAGAGAGGAUUAUGUAAUUUUAUUGUCAAACAUUCCUCAUGGCUUAUUUCUGUAAGAGGUUUAGCCAUGGUACAGCUAGUCUGUAUAUGCUUAAAGAAAUUUUUUGUUUAUAUCUGAUGCACUUUCUGUGCUAUCAAUUAAACUGCUCUGAAAAGUACACAGCAAUAUAAUAUGUCCACAGUACGGUUGAAGUUUUGUUGCGACUUUUUUUUUCUUACGCCAAAAUAUCUUGUGGACAUCUUGAAAUAAUAUUAAAAUGCCCUGUAUUGUGUUUCUGUCUUGUUAAGAUAUUGUAAUAUUCUAUUAGUGUUAUCUCGGGAAAUCUUUGAAUAAUUUUUUUUUGAUACUGCAAUACAUGUUUGUGCUACAAGUGGAAACCUGGAAAAGUAUGAAUGACUGAUCAAGUGCUCUUUUCGAGACGUUUAGUUUCUAUCUCUGCAUUAUUGUUUGAUGUGUAUGUUCAUUCAUGCUAUGUAUGUUUAUUUAUAAUCCUCAGAUUUUUUGUCAAAGAUUUAGACAGAUGUUAGAAUUUUCAAGUUUUAUACAUGCGUAUAUAAAUAUAUCUUCAUUCAUGUUAUAAUAUUGCCAUACCACAUAUUUGGUAGCAAAUUGAAAAUUGGAUAAUAUUUUAUAUCAUUGAUUCUGUUUCGAUGUUCAAACUUCCCCCAUUUUACCAUAGUGACUAUCAGAGGCUACAGGCCAGUGAAGCUAGUGUGGUAUCGAUACAUGUCUGGCACUAUUUAUGUCAGAUGGCUUUUAUCAUACUUAUAUACAUAUUCCUGAAAAGGGCUAUGUUAUUUUAAUAAAUUCAAGAGUAAAA